AUGACUGAAACCAAACCAGAUAUUGCAUAUGCAGUUAAUCGCGUCUGUCAAUUUAUGCAAAGCCCUAAAGAUAAACAUUUUCAGCCAGUUAAGAGGAUUCUGAUGUAUUUGCAGGGCAUUUCGGAUUAUGGUUUACAGUUCUCGUCUUUUUUUGAACUGUCCUUGGUUGGCUUUACUGAUGCAAUUUGGGGUGUUGAUAUUGAUGACAGACGAUCCACGUCAGAGUAUUGCAUUUACUUUGGUGGCAAUCUUGUUUCGUGGAGUUCUCGUAAACAACAGGUGAUUGCUCGUUCUACUGUUGAAGCAGAAUAUCGCAGUGUUGCUUCGGCUGCCUCAGAAGUCAUAUGGCUUGCAUUUUUACGCAAAGAGUUACAGUGUUCAUUUCAUGGAAAACCUACUCUUUGGUGUGACAAUACGAACACUGUUGUUGUGUGUUCCAAUCCAGUUAUUCAUUCGAAGUUCAAAUAUGUUGAAUUGGAUUUAUUUUUUGUUCGAGAAAUGGUAGCAGCUGGUCGGUUGCAAGUUCAUGAGGUUCCAGCGUACGAGCAAGUUGUUGAUGUUUUUACUAAGCCGUUGUCUGCUCCGAUGUUCAUUCGUCACCGGAAGAAGCUGUUAUUUUCUCGGAUUCGUAAGGAAGGAUUAGCUUUGUUGACUAGCUUUUCCUAG